AUGGUGCUGGUGCUGGUGCUGUGGGCCUGCCUGGUGCUGGACAUGGCCAGAGUGGAGAGCCCAGCACCAGAGCCUCUGAUGGGUCACCAGCCAUUUGCUGUGGUAUGGAACAUCCCCACUGGCCGCUGCCAGCGCCGCUUUGGUGUGAGGCUGCCCCUUGGUGACUAUGGCAUCAUGGAAAACCAGGAUGGCCACUUUACCGGCCAGAACAUCACCAUCUUCUACAAGAACAAGUUUGGGCUCUACCCCUACCUGUCACAGCAGGGUGUCCCCCACCACGGGGGCAUCCCGCAGCGGGUCCACCUGGGUGCUCACCUCACCAGGGCAGCUGGGGACAUCCACCGCCUCCUGCACCCUGCUUUCCAUGGCCUGGCCGUGGUGGACUGGGAAGAGUGGAGGCCACUCUGGGCCCAAAACUGGGGGGCCAAGCGGAUCUAUCGGGCAGCCUCAGAGCAGCAGGUGCAGGACUGGCAUGGCCUGCUGCCAGCACAGCAGCGGCUCCGUCUGGCCAGGUGGCAGUUUGAGCAGGCGGCACAGGUUCUGAUGGAGGAGACGCUUCUGCUGGGACGGACCCUGCGGCCAGGCGGGCUCUGGGGGUUCUACCGCUUCCCUGACUGCCUCAAUGGCAACUGGGCCAAAGACGCCAACUACACUGGGCAGUGCCAGCCAGCAGAAGUGCAGCGUAACAACCAACUGGGCUGGCUCUGGGCUGCCUCAGCUGCCCUUUACCCCAGCAUCUACCUGCCACCGCUGCUGCCACCUGCCCUGCGCCGCCGCUACGUGCACCACCGGCUGCGCGAGGCCCUGCGUGUGGCUGCCUUCGGAGCUGGUGGCCCGCUGCCCGUGGUCGCCUACUCACGCCUCUCCUUCCGCCGCUCACCCAGGUUCCUGGAGCUGGCUGACCUGGUGCACACCAUUGGGGAGAGCGCCGCGCUGGGUGCAGCUGGACUUGUGCUCUGGGGAGACAUGUCCUACUCCCGCUCAGCGGAGAGCUGUGCCAGCCUGCGCCACUACCUUAUGUCCACCCUGGGUCCCUAUGUGGCCAAUGUGACAGCAGCAGCCCAGGAGUGCAGCUACAGACGGUGCCAUGGGCAUGGACGCUGUGUGCGCCCGCAGCCCCAAGACCUGGGCAGCCUCUUGCACCUUGGCUCUGGUGCCAGUCUACUCACCUCUUUCCGCUGCCACUGCUUCCGUGGCUGGACUGGUGAGGGCUGUACCCAGCAAGUCCAGCUUGGCCCUGCUACCUCUUGCCUGGUGCCCACCCACAGUCAUGGCCUCUGUGGGCAUAAUGAUCUCCCACCCUCUGACACUUGUCUGCCACAGGGCACGUGGAGCUGGUGACCAG